UUUAUUUAGCAGUUUCAGAAAAUGUAAACAAAAAAAAAUCUGUGUACGCGCAGAAAAGAGCCUUUAUUUACAAAUUCGAAUUAUGUAUAUAUAUAAACAGGUAUUUACAACCAAAUCAUUCGAAUCAAAGGACCAUCACCAUCGACAGCUAGAUAUAGAACAACGAACGAACAAUGCUGCUGCUCUCACCUACUUUUGCUGAUGAGUUUUUCCAAAGCAUGGCAUCAAAGGAAAGUGAUGCAUCCACCAAGUUAAAUUUGGUUAAUCAACUCAAGACUCACAUCAAGAAAGAUUGUGUUGAUUUGAAUCAAGUUCCUAAAUAUAUUGAGGCAUUAUCGAUUGCAGUGGAUAUACCUGACCUUGGUAUACUGGCCAGUGGAUUCAGUGCUCUUUCCCAUCUUAUUAAAAGAGUCAGCAUGCAAGAUAAAUCAGGUAAUGUGUUAAGAAGUCAAAGUUUCCUUGUAUUACCAAUCAUAAUUAAUCGAUUAGGGGAUUCUAAAUCAUCAACUGUCUCAUCAGCCAGAAAGGCCCUAGAAGCAUAUUGGUUUUCUGCUCCAAAUGAAGUGGAUGACUCUAUAAUAGAUGUUGCAUUCAAACAUAGAAAUACUAGAAUAAUAAUAGAAUCGAUAAACUGGUUAAAUCAUAUCAUCAUGAAUAUUAAUCAACAUUUUAAACUUAACAGAUUUAUCACUCAUAUUGCUAAGAUUCUUGCCUCAAGUAGUAAUUCCCAAGAUUUAAUUGAUUCAAUUCAAUUAUUGUUGACUAACUAUUAUAACUUGAAACAAAAUAGAUUAUAUAAAUUUGAUUUAGCAAGAGAAUUAGAAAUUCAAAAUGUUUCACAAUAUUUAAAAGAUUCAAUCAUGAAUGGGAUAACAGGAAUAGAUAAUAACUCACAAGCUUUUGUCCUGUCGGGAACUACUAAGGUGGUUAUCAAUGCCGAUAAUGAAUCAAAUCGUCCUCCAACAAUUGUUCAUGAAACCGAUCCUGUUAAUAGUCAUCCAAAAGUUAGAAUACAAGAGAAACACCGUGUACCUACAAUACAAACAAGAGUAAGAAGCUCAAGUCCAAUAAUAAAUCAUUUACCACAGUUAAGUACUUCUACUGGUGUCCGCUCCCGUACAAAUAGCCCUGCGUUGGGAUCACAAGACGAAGUCCCUCAACAACAAUUUGAAGUUUUCUCUCCUGACUCAGAUCAAGAAUUUAUUGAAGUAUUGAAGAAGGUUAAUUAUCAAAUAGAUUCAAGCAUACCCGCUAUAAAUUUGGAAAAUCCAGAUUUUAUCUAUGGAAUAAUCAAUGAAAUGACUCCUAUUUUCAAUGGUAAAGAAACUGAACAGAAUUGGGGUGAUCGUGAAAAGAUAAUUAUAAAGUUCAGAUCGAUCAUUCGUGGAAAUAGUUCAAUUGAUUUUAAGCAAGAUUUAAUCACAUGUUUGAAAGAAUGUGCUGAAGGUAUCUGUAAAGCGAUCAGUUCAUUAAGAACCACCUUAAGCGCUCAUGGAUGUCAAUUAAUAAAGGAAUCAGUCAUUGUUCUAAAAUCAAGUUUUGAUCCGUUGAUUGAUUCAUAUUUACCAACUUUUAUAAGGUUAAGUUCAAGUACAAAGAAUAUUGCUUCAACUAAUGCAAAUAUGGCAAUUUGUGCAAUAUUCGCCAAUGCUUCAUAUAACUCUCGGUUAUUACAAAGAAUUCAAUCAAGCUCAAUCGAUAAAAGUAUUCACCCUCGUGCUUAUUCGUGUAUUUGGUUACAGCUCAUGAUAUUAAGAUUUCACGAUAAUCAAUCAUUUAUAAACAAUGCAUUGGAAGUUUGUAAUAGAAUGCUAUUAAAAAUAAUGGCGGAUCCUAAUCCAAAUGUCAGACUGGCUUCUAAAGACUUAUUUUGGUGUUAUUGGGGUAAAUUUCCUGAUCAAGCUGAGAACUUAUUAGCUAAAUCAGAGCCAAAUAUCGUUAAAGCAAUUGAAAGAUCAAAACCUAAGGCAAAUAUUAAAACUCCAACAUCUCUCGCUGUAAAGAAAGCUAGACCUUCUUUGAAAGAAACUAUCAUAGAAAGAAAUAAAGAAUUAAAAAUCAAACAACGAGAAAAUUCACGUCCUUCUUCAAGGGCCAAUUCAAAUAAUAGUAUUAAUAACGUUGAAUUCCAUAGAAAGCCUGAUAUUCCCCAUUUCAGUAAACCUACGUCAUCAUUUAUUUCUUCCAGUAUCGCUGCUUCUAGUGCAGUGAAAGCUUUAUCUUCACCAAUAAUUUCUAUUCCAGUUCCACAAUCAAGACCAAUUAGUAAAGAAGUUGAAGUCGCAGAGGUCAGACCAACUCAUGAGAGAGCAGAAGUUAGUAUUUUUGAUAAACAAAGUGAUCCAAUACUUAAGUUUUUAUCUUCCAAUCAAUUGGAUUUAAUCAGCGAAGGAAUAAACUUGUUAAAAUAUGCUAUUAUGGGUGAAGAAGAUUUAUCUAAUGAAGUUAGUCAUUUAUUACAAAAGAUUUCGUUACGUCAACCAAAAUUAUUAGAGCCAUUGAUUCUUUCUAAUGAUGAUUUGUUUAAAAAGACAUUUCAAUUCUUUAAUUGUGACGAUUUUAUCAGAAUUUGUGGUAUUUUAAUUAAUCCCAUGGAUGAAAGAAUCAUAAAUUUAAUAUUAUCCAUAAUUGAUAUUGAUCCAAUAUUUGAAUCAAUUAUUAAAUUAUUGUCUUACACUAUAAAUACAUCCAAUAUUCUUGGUGAUGAUGAACUUAUGAUGCAAAUAAUUCAGUGCAAACAUACAUUGACGCAUUCUUUGUUAGGGUUCUUAUUCACCGGUCUUGAUAAAAUCCCAAUAAGUGAUAGUUAUUACCUGAAACUUACAUCUACAUUACUUGAACUAUUGGUGAUUUUAAAAUCAACUGAUUCUUAUCCGUUAUUUUCGGAAUUAUUGCUGAAGGUUCAUUCUAUUAAUCCAGUGUUAUUCAAUUCAGAAUUAGAUCUCAUAGAUGUAGAUAUUAAGGAAGAGGUGGAAUAUAUCGUUGGUAUUGAUAACUUGAAGCCAUUCUCUCGUGAAAUUCCUAAUUCAGUAUUUGAAUUAACUGAAGUUCCUCAUAAGAAUGGCAACUUGGAUGGAUUUUCUCCUGUAAAGAUGACAACUGACUUUACUAUGUUAUGGCCUAUCAAGAAAGAAAAUGAUGAAUACACUUAUGUGGUAAAGAAAGAGCCAGAAGAAGAAGCAUUAAUUGAGAAAGAAGAAGACAUUGAUUUAAAUACAGAACCUGAGUAUAAGAAUGUUACUGAUAAUGAAGAUAUGGAGCACGAACAAGAGCAAGAAGAUGAAGAUAAAGCAUUGAAAGAAGAUGAGCUUAUGGAAGGUAAUACUAGGAUGGAAGUUACAUUAAUUGAUCCUGAGAAUGUAUUUAUUGAAUCUCCAAAAGGAGGAGGAAGUGAUCAAUUAGCAAACGAUCUUGCCCAAGUCAAACUUGAAGCUAAGGAUUCUAUUCAAAAUUUCAUUGAUAAAGUCGAUCCAUUAAGAAGCUUUUCUAAUAAGAAUAAACCUAUUAGCAUUUAUGAAGAUUUCAAAGGAUCGCCUCAAAAAGUUAGAAAUUAUGACUAUUCAGAAGUUAAUUGGUUUAAUCUACAAUUAUCAAGAUAUGAAAUAGAUGUUGAACCCCGUCUGAAUGUACUUGAGAAUUUUGAAAUAAUUUGUGAAAAUAUUAAAUCCCGAAGAAUUUCAAAACAAGAUAUAACUGACAGUCUAGAAUAUUUCCAAGUUGAAGAUCCAAAAUUCUCCCGUUACUAUAAUGAAACAGGUAAGAAUCUAAUCAUUGAAUCGAUAUUAGUUUAUUUCAAUGAGGUUGAUAUACUAUCAGGAUCUGAUAUUUUCAAAGGAUUGGUUUUAUUACAACAACUCAUAAUUAAUCGCACCAAGAUUGAAUUACCUAAAUUGUGGGAUUUAUUACUUCGUUUAGCAACUGUGGACGAUACUACUGAAACUUUAGGAGAAAUCUUUGAUGAAAUGCUUACUGGAAUCUAUAGCAGUAAUGAAAUCAUAGUAACGAUCCUUAACUCGCUUAAACUUUCCAUUUCAGACAUUGAAUUGACUUUUGCGCUUGAAUCACUUUCAAAAGUCCUUGCUUCUGAUUCAUUAGCUGUAUCAUUCAAUGAGGAAUUAGUUUCAAAUAUUGAUGAAUUAUUAAGAUCAUUGAUUAAUAGUCGUGUGGUUGAUGUUAGAAGAUAUGUUAUUCUUUGUUAUGGAAGAUUAUUAAAAGCAAGUAAGAAUUCUGGUUUAAGUAAUAUUAACAUAACAGAAUCUACAGAUAAUAAGAAUCCCAUGGAUACAAUUUUACUGGGAUUAACCGUGACCCAAAAGAAAUUAGUUGAAUACUAUAGUGAAGCGUAGAUUAUAAUUACGAGAUAUAUAGUUGAAUAUUACAUA